CGAAAAACAAUACACAAAAAAAUUAAUCAAAUGAAAGGAAAAAAGCAUAGCAUUGGUUCCAGUUCUUUGCUUUGGAAUUUUUCUCUUGGCUCUUUCUUCUCCCCUCUCGAUACCCACUUAUAUACUAUCUAUCUCUCCCUCUCCCUUUCUCCUCCCCUAUCAACCCAUAAAUUUUUACUAUCUCCCUUCACACCCUUUCACACACACACACACUCUCUCUCUCUCUCUCUCUGUAUUCUGUAUUUUUCAAGAAGAACAGAAAAAACAGAAAGACCUACAGAGGAAGCUCAAAAACAAGCUGUCUCUCAAUAUUCUCACCACCUUGGCAAUUAUAAGCAUAUCUCUCUCUCUCUCUCUCUCUCACUGUGUCUGUCUUUCUUUCUAUCAAGUCAAAUCCCUUCAACUUCACGUUACUCCUAAAAAAACAAAACACACUCUAUUCACACAUCACUCUUCUAUAUAUAUAUAUAUAUAUAUAUAUCCAUCUAUACUUUCUCUCUCCGCAAACUCACGCACUAUACACACAUCACCUCACACCAACAAUCAACCAUGCUGCUGCUACAAACUCCUGAUGAUGCCCAUCAACCGGAGACCGAUAACAAUUUUUCAGCCUAUCGCCAAGAAGACAGAGAGAAGAGACGGAAGUUUUGUAUCAAUGACCACGUUGACAUCCUCGUCGAGAUACUCCGCCGCCUCGACGGCCGAUCUCUGGGCGUGGCCGCCUGCGUCUGCCGCCUCUGGUGCACCAUUUCCCGCAACGACUCACUCUGGGAAGAUCUCUGUUUCCGCCAAACCUCCUCGCCGCCUCUCUCCGCCGCGUCUCUCCGCCCCGUCGUCGCCGCUCUCGGAGGCUACAAGCGGCUCUACCUGGUCUGCUUCCUACCUGUCCUCACCCGCCUCUCCCGCUCCGGCCGCCUCGCGCGACUCCUCUGGACCCGCGACCAGGUCCAGCUCUCCCUCUCCCUCUUCUGCGUCGACUGCUACGAGCGGCUCGGCCUAAGUUCCGGACGCCUUGCCGGCGAAGUGUCCGGCGCCUCCUCACUCAUGUUCCUGUGUAAGCCCGUGAACGUUUGACUCCCUGGUCCUCCCCUUGUUUUCUCGUCCAUGAAAUCGGCAGUUUUGACCGAUCAAGAAGCAGACAGAAGAAUAACAGAAGCUGCAUGCAAUUAAAUAUUUUCCUUCCCUAGCUGCUGCUACUACUAUACGUUAUUGCUCCUUCAAUUUAUGGCUAAAUGAAAUAUUCUUUUCUAUAAUGUGAUUAUUUUUGUGAUUACACUUACAUGAUAAUUAAUUAAAUAAA